AUACUGCCGCCCAUUAAUUGUAACCCGACUCGACCCAGUCUCCAGAUCCCAUUCCCUUCUUCAGUUCUUCUUCGUCUCCUCCGACUAGGAAUUGGAACAUCCAGUCACCCCGCCAACACUCAACAGAAUUGCAGAGGGCCGGUGAAAAGGUAUUUCCAAACCCACCGAAACGAACAGUCCUCAACCCUUAACUCUUCUAUACCCUUCUUCAAAUUUUAUUCAGUCUGCUCCCUCCGGCCCAGCUGUUCCUCGAAUAUUCCUCCUGUAGCAGAUGCAGAUGAAGCUCAACCUGGGGCUGCGAAAGCUCUUGGGACAGAUGCAGUCGAGAACAAAGUUAGGUUAUUCUUCUUCUUCUUCCGUAUCCUUCUUCCUUGUGCUGCCGCCGAAACUUUGUUCUCGACCAAACCCUAACUUUGUUCUCGACUGCGUCUGACCCAAGAGCUUUCGCAGCACCAGGUUGAGCUUCUUCUGCAUCUGCUAGCGGCCAUAAAAAAGGAAGAAUUACCCCUCAAAACCCUAAUUCGGCGACUCAGCUGCAAUAGCCCAAGUAACAGGGAUUGAACCGCCCCCUUGCUUUGGUUGCUUGUGUCUAUAUGGCGGAUUCGGGUGGAAAUGCAGAACCUGGAGAAGUUUGCAACUUCUUCCGGAAGCCAUUAAAGAAGCAAAACAUUAGAAAGCGAAGGGUUGAUGAAGAUGAGGAGGACGACGACUCAAAAUCUGGGGGCACAUCAUUACCAAGUCAAAGAAAAGCCUCAAAGCUUGAUGGCAAGCUGUAUUUUUCUAGUGGACCUGCUAAGAGCUCUACGCCUGAUAGUAGUGCAAUCUUUGAGUUCAAGUCUUCAAAAGAAAUCCAAGUUGAACAUGAUAGUAGAGCAACUGCGACUUUGGAGACUGAGACUGACUUCUCUAGAGAUGCCCGAGCAGUUCGUGAGAGAGUUCUUAAGCAGUCAGAGGAGGCUUUGAAGGGGAAGAGCAAAGGCACUGGGAACGACAAGUUGUAUAAAGGGAUCCAUGGAUAUACUGAUUACAAGGCUGGGUUCCGAAGAGAGCUAACAGUGGCCAGUGAGAAAGCGGGAGGUUCCCAUGGGCCUCUCAGGGCUUCUGCUCACAUCAGAGCUACCACAAGAUUUGAUUACCAGCCAGACAUCUGUAAGGAUUACAAAGAGACUGGUUACUGUGGGUAUGGAGAUUCCUGCAAGUUUAUGCAUGAUCGUGGAGACUACAAGUCUGGGUGGCAGAUGGAAAGGGAGUGGGACGAAGCAGAGAAAAUAAGGAAGAGAAAUUUAGCUUUGGGUGAGGAUGAUGUAGAACAGACUGAGGAAGAUGAUGAGGAUGAUGAGGAUGAUGAGGAUGGCUCGUUGCCGUUUGCUUGUUUCAUAUGCCGGCAACCAUUUGUUGAUCCUGUUGUGACUAAAUGCAACCACUACUUCUGCGAGCACUGUGCACUGAAGCAUCAUUCAAAGAACAAGAAGUGCUUUGUGUGCGAGAAGCCUACCCUUGGCAUAUUCAAUACAGCUCAUGAGAUACGCAAAAGGAUGGCCGCAGAGGGCAAAUAACAGCCACUACAUUCACUUAUUGAACUUUUUGCUUUCAAGGCAUGUGAGCAGUAACAUUUCCACACUCCAUGGUCAAGUUUUGAAGAGAAAGUUCACUUGUGACUCUUGCAAGGCAUGUGAGCAGUAACAUUUCCACACUCAAUGGCAGAGCUGGAUGAAAUUCGUUUUACUUUGUUAAUGUAAAUCUGGUUUAAUCUUUCUUUCUUUGGUGGUAUAUCAACGUUGCCCAUAGCAGGGCCUCAAGUUUUGCAUCACCUAUGUAGCUGUUCUAUUCAUCUUAUGCAGAUUAUUGAUUUAUUAAAUAUGAACUUCCGUUCAA